AUGGCUUCCCCACCUGUGCCAACCGAGACCUCCAAGCCUUCUUCCAGCGACAAGGCCCAGUAUGAAGUUGAAGUGAAACAAUCUUCGGACUUCGACGCAGAAGUGACUGCAAAUUCUUUAUCUCUCCGCGGUCGCAAGUUAAUGGUUGCAUUGCUCUUCGUCGCAGGAACCGGUUUUGCCCUUUUUGGUUACGAUGAAGGCGUGAUGUCUGCACUACUCACCGCUGGACAGUUCGAUAAGGUUUUUCCGCAGGUAGUAGUGGACUCCGACCAUCCCAGUCAUGCUACACUGCAGAGUUUUGUGGUCGCUAUCUACGAAGUCGGAUGUCUGAUUGGUGCUCUUUCUAACCUAUGGAUUGGAGACCGUCUCGGUCGCAGGCAUACGAUUAUGCUGGGCGGCAUCAUCAUGAUCAUCGGUGCUAUCAUUCAAACAGCAUCGUACAGCUAUGCACAACUCGUCGUUGCUCGCAUUAUCACUGGGCUAGGGAACGGUCUGAAUACCUCCACUGUUCCAUCCUACCAUGCGGAAUGUUCACCUGCUGCCAAACGCGGUAGUCUGAUCAUGGUGGAGGGAAGUCUGAUCACUUUUGGUAUUGCUACCUCGUAUUGGUUAGACUUUGCCUUGUAUUGGGCUUCCGGUAGCUCCGCGCAAUGGAGGGUGCCCAUUGCCAUCCAGAUCAUUUUCGCUCUUAUCAUGGUGCUUUCCAUUGGAUUCCUACCAGAGUCUCCCCGAUGGUUGUUAAAACACGGCCACAAUGCUAAGGCAAUGGCAGUCAUCUCGGCACUAGAGGACAAGCCCCCGUCUGAUCCCACCGUACAGCAAACGUAUCAUGCUAUCCGCGAGGCAGUAGAAAUCGAGAACGGUGUGAAUCCCAAUGUGACCACGGGUGACACAGCGUCUGGUACCCUGGGGAGAGGUCAGGUCUCCUUGCGAGAGCUGUUCACAGGAGGACGCAGCCAGAACUUCCGGAGAAUGGCAUUGGGCGUUGUUUCUCAAUGCUUCCAGCAAAUUACUGGCAUCAAUGUCGUUAUCUUCUAUGCGACAAUUCUCUUUCAGAGACUAGGAUUAUCCAAUGUCAACUCGCGAAUUGUCGCCGCUGCAAUGGGAACUGAAUACUUUCUCUUCUCCCUCCUCACCAUACCACUCAUUGACUACGUCGGCCGACGACGCCUAAUGAUGUUCAGUGCGAGCGGCCUUUGCAUCGACCUGGUGCUCAUGGGCAUCCUCGGAAGAUUCGUAAACAAAGCGACGCAGACCGUCAGCGUUGUGCUCCUCUUCGUGUACAAUUCCAUAUUUGCGUUGGGCUGGCUGGGUAUGACUUGGUUGUAUCCUGCAGAAAUUGCCGGUUUGCGGAUACGGGCUCCCGCGAAUGCGCUGAGUACUGCAUCAAAUUGGGUUUUCAACUUUGUCGUUGUAAUGGUUACUGGGCCGUCGUUCAAUAACAUCGGUUGGCGGACGUAUAUCGUUUUUGCCGCGUUGAACGCUUUCAUUGUUCCCGUGGUCUAUUUCUUCUUUCCCGAGACCGCAGGUCGUUCGCUUGAAGAUAUCGACGUUAUCUUUGCGUUGGCGUACAACGAGGGUGUCUCGCCGGUGACCGUCUCACUGCGGAAGGACGUUCCUCCAGCUGGAUCUCCAGAGGCAGAUAGGAUUUUGGGAAUCGAGCCAGUCACUACAUCGACAGGUGAUAAGGCCAAUGAGCGCGCACAGGGCAGCACGACAAACGACGAGAAGAUGUCAUGA